UUGUUGUUGUUGUUUGCUUUUUUUUUUGUGUGUGUGUGCGUGCUUGUGUUCAACCCGAGCAUGAAAAGGAUUGACAGGAUUGCCAAAUUAUCCGCAAUCCAGCACCGUCGCCGAGCACCGGAUGCUCCAGCAGAAGUUGCUGGCCAGCACGCAAGUCACACGGCCGAGAGGAGGGGAGAGUUGGAUUUGGGUCUCCGCAUAAUGGAGCGAGAAUGAACAGAGAGCGGCUGAAAAAAAAGCAUGAACUGGAGGUUUAUUGAGGUCAUCUGCUUCCUGUUUAUAUGGGACCAUAUAACAGUUCAGUCUUCCCGCCAGGACCCGUUGGCCACUGAGCAACAUGUCGCCAAGCAGUAUGACUGGCUCAUCUCCGACCGCGGACCGUUCCACCACUCGCGCAGUUAUCUGUCCUUUGUGGAUAGAUUCCGCCAAGGAUUCACGACCAGAUAUAAAAUUUAUAGGGAAUUUGCACGUUGGAAGGUGAGGAACACGGCCAUUGAGAGGCGGGACCUGAUCCGGAACCCCGUGCCGCUGAUGCCCGAGUUCCAGCGCAGCGUACGCCUGCUGGGCCGCAGACCGACCACUCAGCAGUUCAUUCACACCAUCAUUAAAAAAUAUGGGACCCACAUUCUCAUCUCGGCCACCCUGGGAGGAGAAGAGGCGCUGACGAUGUACCUGGCCAAAAACAAGCUGGACAGGAAGCUCGCCAAUGCCACUCAAAAUGUGGAAGCCCUCCACCAGCUGGCCUCCUCCUACUUCAUUGACCGCGAUGGCACCAUGAGGAAGUUGCACGAGAUCCAGAUCUCCACCAAUGCUAUCAAGGUGACCGAGACACGGACAGGCCCACUGGGAUGCAGCAGCUACGACAAUCUGGACUCUGUGAGCUCCAUCCUUCUGCAGAGCCCAGAGAGCAAGCUUCAUCUGCAAGGUCUUCAGGUGAUUUUCCCAGAGUACCUGCAAGAGAAGUUUGUCCAGUCGGCUCUGAGUUACAUUAUGUGCAACGGAGAAGGAGAGUAUCUGUGCCGGAACAACCAGUGCAUCUGUCAGUGUGCCGACGAGUAUCCUCAAUGCAACUGUCCCAUCACCGACAUCCAGAUCAUGGAGAACACUCUGCUGGGGAUGGCUGAGUCCUGGGCUGCCUCCUAUAAAGACUUUGAGAACUCUGAUGAGUUCAAGUCCUUCCUAAAGAGGCUGCCCUCCACUCACUUCCUGCCCAUCAACAGCGUUCACCUGCUCUGGGGCAGCGACUGGGACCUGCAGGCGCGCUACAGGCUCCUCCAAAGCUCCCUGGAGGUGCAGCGGCUCAAGAUCCAGCGCACUGCCCGCAAGCUGUUUGGCCUCAGCAUCCGCUGCCACCACAAUCCCAACCACCAGAUGCCAAGGGAGAGGUCCGUGAUGCAGUGGCUCAACAGGGUUCAGUCCUUCCUUUACUGCAACGAGAACGGCUUCUGGGGGACCUUCCUGGAGAGCCAAAGGACAUGCGUGUGCCACACGGGCGUCACCCUGUGCCAGCGGCCCAUCCCGUGCGUCAUCGGCGGCAACAACAGCUGCGCCAUGUGCAGCCUGGCCAACAUCUCCCAAUGCGGCUCGUGCAACAAGGGCUACAAGAUGUACCGCGGACGCUGCGAGCCCCAGAACGUGGACUCGGAGCGCAGCGAGCAGUUCAUCAGCUUCGAAACCGACUUGGACUUCCAGGACCUGGAGCUGAAGUACUUGCUGCAGAAGAUGGACUCGCGCCUGUACAUUCACACCACGUUCAUCAGCAACGAGAUCCGCCUGGAGACUUUCUUCGACCCCAGGUGGCGCAAGCGCAUGUCCCUGACGCUGAAGAGCAACAAGAACCGCAUGGACUACCUCCACAUGAUCAUCGGUCUGUCCAUGAAGAUCUGCCAGAUGCGCAACAGCAGCAUCGACCCCAUGUUCUUCGUGUACGUCAACCCUUUCAGCGGGAGCCACUCGGAGGGCUGGAGCAUGCCCUUCGGGGAGCACGGCUACCCGCGCUGGGAGAAGGUCCGCCUGCAGAACUCGCAGUGCUUCAACUGGACCCUCCUGUUAGGCAACCGCUGGAAGACCUUCUUCGAGACCGUGCACAUCUACCUGAGAAGCCGCGCCAAGAUCCCGACAGGGCUCCGCAACGACACGGGUCCGGUGGAUCUGGCCGAUCCCAACAAGCGGCAGAUCUACAUCAAAAUCUCCGACAUCCAAGUGUUCGGCUACAGCCUGCGCUUCAACGCCGACCUGCUCCGCAGCGCCGUGCAGCAGGUGAACCAGUCGUACACGCAGGGGAGUCAGUUCUACUCGUCCUCGUCCGUCAUGCUCCUGCUGCUGGACAUACGGGAUCGGAUUAACCGCCUCGCCCCUCCGUCAGCGCCCGGCAAACCCCAACUGGACCUCUUUUCUUGUAUGCUGAAGCAUCGGCUCAAGCUGACAAACAGCGAGAUGAUCCGGGUCAACCACGCCUUGGACAUGUACAGCACGGAGAUACUAAAACAAUCAGACCACCUGACUGCUAAACUGUGUUGAUCACCUCAAACGUUGAUGGGCAUUUUCUUUUGAUUUUUGCUUUCGGCCUUUUCUGCCUUUUUGUGACGCAACUUUGUAAACAAACUUUCAAAAGAGGAGGAAAAGAGCUCCAGGAAGCUUCAAAAGACUAAUACAAAGACUGUAACAUACGUGUCCCAGCAUGUCCGUCGAUCCCUCCGAGAACUUUUGUGUCAGAUUAAAAAAAAAAAAAAAAAAAAAA